CUAAAACUUGAUCGCACCACUCAGGAUCACCUGCUCGUUAAUAUGAUUCCAUAUAUUACCUGUAUGGAACCAUCACGGAUGUCACCUGACAUACAAAGACACUUCACACGUAACACGAAGCCCACGAGUUACAAUGCCAAUCCUCGUAGCGUACGCUGGCGACGACGGGUCGACACGGGAGACCGCCGAAAGCAUCUCCUCUUAUCUCGCUGAAGAUUUUCCACCGACGAAGGUCCUUCCUCUCACCGACGUCAACCCUUCAGUUAUCCCAACCUAUACCGCCAUCGUGAUUGGUAGCACCAUCCACGACACGCAAUGGCUACCCAAUGCUAUCGCGUUCCUCCACGACAACUCCACAGCGCUUGCUGAGGUGCCUAUCUAUGCAUUCAGCGUGGGCGCCCCAGCGGCAAUGCCCAAAUUCAUUCAAGGUCAAUGGCAGAAAUCAGAAGAGAAGAAAAUCGCGCAGGCUAUCGAGAAGGAACUGAAAGUUAAGCACCCCGUUUUGAGGGGCCAUAAGCUGUUCAAUGAAAAUGUUGAAAAAGAGCAUGCGGGACGGUACACCCGGGCCUUCUUCACGCGCUGCGGAGACCAUUUUGGGGACGCCGGGAACUGGAAAGAUGUUCAAAAGUGGGCGAAAAAAGUUGCGGAGGACUUGAGAAAGCCGAGGGAGAAGCAGGGGAACGGUGAUUGAGAUGGCAUGGCGCGCAGUAGGACUGGGCGCGUAGUAGGUUUGUAGAGUUGAGCUCUUUUCUUUGUCAAUUCGUUAAAACAUACGUGCUGCUUCAUUGAGGCAUGAUAAAUGUUGAGGUGAUUGAUAUUUGAAAUCGUCCGUGGCUUAGCACUGGUUAUGGCCACAGAAGCUGUAUUCUUUUCGGGAUUAUACUUCAUACAUAGCAUUCUCUACGUUAUCGUAGCUUUAAGGAGGAUCAUUCACUCUGCUUCGAACAAAGGCUUCCUAGCUCAAUCAUGGCUCCCCUGCCGCGCAAGCGUUCUAGCA